GUGACCUUAUUUAUAUUGUUAUUAAUUAGUGAAGUUUAUAGCUAAAUGUUUCAGCCGUGCGAGUGAACGGGUGUGGAGUGCGUGUGUUGGUGUAACCGUAACCUACUACCACUGGGUAGUUUGAGUAGGGGUGUCGCGUGGAGCGGCCGUGGCGGAGAGCGAAGGGUCCGCAGUAGCGGGGGGCGUAGGCCUCACCGUGAGCAGCAAGGUGUACCCGAGCCCGGGGGCGGCGCGCGGCGUGUGGGCGCUGCCGCAGCCGCCCCCCUGCACCAUGGCGGCCGAGGAGCCCCUGCCCCCGUGCUCGCCGAUGUCCCCAGACGCGCCCGCAGCACCCCCUCGCACCAUCACCAGUUACCACCACUCGGACCUGCACCAGCUGAUCUUUGAGGCCGUUAGGUCCAGCGAAGUAUCAGAAAUCGAGCGGCUGGUCGAAAAGCUUGGCGUUGAGGUGCUCAGCGCUCGUGACCAACAUGGCUACACACCAGCGCACUGGGCGGCGCUGGAUGGCAGCGUGGCAGUCAUGCGGUAUCUCCUGGAACGGGGAGCGCCCGUGGAUCUGUCCUGCCUGGGCACUCAGGGCCCUCGUCCUAUCCACUGGGCGUGCAGAAAGGGUCAUGCUUCAGUGGUACAAGUGCUGUUACAGUGUGGAGUUGCAGUCAACGCUGCUGACUUUAAAGGACUAACCCCCCUAAUGACCGCCUGCAUGUACGGCAAGACAGCCACGGCAGCCUAUCUCCUCGGCAUGGGAGCCGCCACCAGGCUCGCAGACAUUAACGGAGACACCGCUCUUCACUGGGCCGCGUAUAAGGGGCAUGCCGACUUGGUCCGUUUGCUGAUUUACUCGGGAGUGCCGUUACACUGUACUGACAAUUUUGGCUCGACGCCGCUGCAUUUGGCCUGUUUGUCGGGGAACCUGACAUGUGUUCGGUUGCUUUGUGAGAAGGUAAAAGCAGAACUCGAGCCUCGCGACAAAAACGGCAAGACCCCCCUCAUGCUGGCUCAAAGCCACCGGCACGCCGAGGUGGUCAAACUCCUCACGAAGGAAAUGAAGCGGAAGUCCCACUGGAUGCCUCCAUUAUCGGAACUCUGGGCACUUCUGUUCGGCGGCGCGGGGGACUCGAAGGGACCACUGUUGUUCUUCCUUGUGUCGGUGCUGCUGUGGGGUUACCCUAUGUAUGUUUUUAGGUGUAUCCCCCUAACUUGGAACACCCUCCGUCUCUCCCACUACUGCUUCCUCUACUGGAACGGCAUCAUGUGGCUGAGCUGGGUGAUCGCCAACCGCCGGGACCCGGGCUACAUCCCGCAGAACUCCGACACCUACUACCGCGCCAUCCGCCAGAUCCCGUACCUGGAUAAGUGGAGGAAGAGGAAUGUCAUCCUGUCGCGGCUGUGCCACACGUGCCGGUGUCUGAGGCCGCUCAGGGCCAAGCACUGUCGCAUCUGCAAGCGCUGUGUAGCCUACUUCGACCACCACUGCCCCUUCAUCUACAACUGCGUCGGAGUUCGGAACCGCAUGUGGUUCUUCCUGUUCGUCAUGAGUGUGGCCAUUAACUGCACGCUGUCCAUAUACUUCGCCUGCUACUGCCUUCUGCUUGAAGGAUUUGGACUGCUGUAUUUAUUGGGACUGCUCGAGGCGCUCACUUUCUGCGCGCUGGGGUGGAUUCUUACGUGUACUUCUAUACUUCAUGCCUGCAUGAACCUGACCACGAACGAGAUGUUCAACUACAAGCGCUACCCCUACCUGCGGGACAAGCGCGGUCGCUACCAGAACCCCUUCUCGCGGGGCCCCGUCAUGAACCUCAUCGAGUUCUUCGUCUGCCUGCCGGACAAAUGCGACGAGCAGGAUUUGUUCCACGAGGAGAACAUUUAACAGCAGGCUUAGUUGUUGUUUUAUGAGCUUGCUUGCUGCCAGAAAGGAAAGGUGAAUCGAUACACUACGUCACGAUGAUUAGACUUGGAAUUGAUUUUUAUGGACGAGUUGGUGGUUUUCAUAAAGUUACCCUAUGUCCAAUCCGACCAAGAAGACCACCAGACUGAAGUGGGACUGGGCGGGUCACGUAUGCCGCAUGCAUGUAACCACCAAGUGGAUGCCGCAAAAGAAGCGCGGACGUGGCAGGCCCAGACCGAAAUGGCGGGACGAGUUAGACGCCUUCACCAGUAACUGGCCGGAGAAAGCACUACAACGGGAGUUGUGGAAAUCAAGGGGAGAAGCCUUUACCCAGCAGUGGGACACUAUAACGGGCUAAUUAAAAAAAAGUCCAAUCCAAUGGAAUAUUCGUUAGCGAUGUGAACGCAAUAACUGCCUAAAAUAUCGUGUGUUGUUGGUGGCCACUUAGCCUCUACAUCUGCAACGAUCAAAAACGUCGAAUAAGUAUAACUUUUGGCCUUGAUGCCAUUGGUUAUGAUCAAUUAGCACUUUUUUUUAAUCCCAUUAGUGUAACCACAGCCAGUCUAAGGCGAUCAUAGAGCUCCAUAAUACUUAUUCUUCACGCCGUAUACAGCUUAAGCAAAUUUCCAAAUUACAAAGCACUUUAUCAAGAUUCGCAUUUAGUCUUGUACAAAUAAAUUUAUUGGAAAGUUA